CCAGGCGAUUUCAAGGUGGAGAUAUGCAGAUAAGAGGUUUGAUUCCAGCCCUGUACAAACCAGUUCUACCUUCGGUGCAAUAAUUGCCCUGCCUUUGGUACAGGGAUUGUCAUACAGGAAAUAAGUCGAUUGCUUCUUGAGGUUGUGGGGUAUUCAGGAACGAUUAUCAGCCAAUAUCGUGGAUUCUUUGUUAAGUUCCCCGAUUUUGUCAAUUUCACUGUAUCAAGAAAAAAAAUGUAUAGUUAGGCUGCCACUGGGACUUUCAUCGUGAGGAUCUAUUGAGAAAUCACAAGAAACAAAAGAAAGCAUCAGCCAUGCUGAAACAGAUAUUAGCCAAUAUGUACAUUGACCCAGAGCUCCUGGAAGAGCUCAGUGAAGAACAGAAACACAUCCUAUUUUUUAAAAUGAGGGAAGAACAAAUCCGAAGGUGGAAAGAAAGGGAAGCAAUAAUUGAACAAAAUGAAGCUCUAAAGGGGAUCAUGAAGCCAAAGCAAGUUCCAAAGAAAUCAGUACAUUGGCGACUUGGCACAGAUCAGGAGGUCUGGGUUUGGGUUAUGGGUGAACACUCUUCAGAUAAAACCUACAAUGUCAUCUGUGAUGAGAUCAUUGCUGAGCAAGCACGAAAGCAAGCUGAAAAAGAAGCAGAGGAACAAAGGAAAGCACAGGAAGAAGAAUUAGCCAAACUGUCAGCAACUUUGAAACUUCAGACCCAAAGUGAAAUUACAGAGAAAUGGAAGAAAAGUGUGGAAGAAGCCAGGAUGCCAGAACAAGCAAUGAUCAAUAAAGAAAGCCAGAAAAAAACUAUGAAGUUGGAGACGCACGGCAAAGGGAUUGAAAGGCUAGAGGAAAGAACGCAGGAAAUUUACAUGAACUGGAAAGAAGCACAAGAGGUUAAAAUAAACUUAGAGAAAGAAGAUUCAGAGUGGCAGGAGACAUUAAAAAAGUCUAAAGCAGCUGAUCAGCGGAGGAGGUCUAUGGCUAAACAAGCCCGGGACGACUAUAAGAGGCUUUCGAUGCAAGCCAUUGAAAGAGGUAGUGUGGCUGAAAAGGCCAAAAGUUUUGGAGAAGUGAAGCGUCCACCCUUGCCUCCCAAACCAAAACCUGCUACUUAUGUGAACAACUCUGGCAUAAGCAGAUCCGAGAGAAGACAAGGCGUCAGAAGAGUGAAUUCUGGUUCCACCCAAGAAAAUAUCAUAAAAUGGUUUAAGGAAGAGCAGCUAAGUGCGGGAUUUGCAAGAUCAGCAACUUCCAUUGCACCAUGGUUUCAUGGUAUCAUAUCAAGAGCAGAAUCAGAGGAUCUUUUAAAAAGCCAUGUGAAAGGCAGUUUCUUGGUGCGUAUCAGUGGAAAGAUCAAGGGUUACAUUCUCUCUUAUCGUUCUGAAGAAGGAUACAUGCACUUUAUGAUAGAUGCGUCUGGCACAUCUUACAGCUUCCUGGGCGUGGAUCAACUGCAGCAUGCAACUUUGGCUGAGCUUGUUGAAUAUCACAAGACUGAACCCAUUACUUCAUUGGGAAGAGAGAUGCUGCUUUAUCCAGUUGGCCAGCCUCAUCCCAGCUGUGACUAAAAAGAAAUCCUGUAAUGAAAUAUCUUCUUUUUAGUUGAAAAGGAUUUUCUGCAGAAGAAUAGUACCUCCCAGAGCAUUUUAUCAACAGAAUGCAGAAAACAUUUAACCUCUUAUUACCCAUACCCUUCACAUCCUAAGAUUCCACAGGUGGAACAAGCAGCCCCAGCUGUUUGGGGGCACUGACCAAUUUGAGACAAAGAUGGCACAGAUAAGCUAUUUGGUGGCAAAUAUGCCAUAGACAUGCUGUUUGGAGGCAAAUUUGUGUAAUAAAUUGUCUCAGAAACAUA